CAUGCUUCUUCAGAUAAUACUUGGUCGCGUUCACAACAUACCAUCAACCGAACCCGCGCGGUGUGUAUAAAUCGAAGCGGAGAAUGCAACCGGAGUCGAGCAUGUCAAGAAUGGUGACCAUUGUGCUGCUGCUGAUCGUGCUGCAUUCGCUGGUGGCAAUCGCGUCGGCUGAGCAGCAACCUGCAUUGGCGCGGCCAGGGUGCCGUGACCGGUGCGGCAAUAUCACCGUCCCCUACCCCUUCGGCAUCGGCGCCGGCUGCUACCGCGACGACGGCCUGCAGGGCUUCCAGCUCGAGUGCGACGACUCCGGCCUCACCAUCUUCGGCUACAACCACCGCCUCGCCGCGCUGUCCCUGGCGUCCGGCGAGACCCGGGCCUACCUGAACGCGACGCGCGAGUGCUUCAACUCCUCGGGCGGCUUCGUGGAGCGGAACAACAACACCUCCUACAUGUCCCUCGGCACCAGCCCCUACAUCUUCUCCUCCACCAAGAACCGCCUCGUGGCGCUUGGCUGCCCCAACCUUGGCUUCUUCGUCGACGCCCAAGGAUACUAUGUCAGCGGAUGCAUGUCCGUGUGCCGUCCGUCGCAGUACGCCAUGCCGGGCCUGUGCACCGGCGUCGGGUGCUGCCAGAGCCCGAUCCCCUCUGGGGUCAGCUUCUACGAGCCGCACCAGCGCAACUUCCCGCAGGACGACCCCACAUUCGGCACCAACGCCACGACCUGCCACUACGUGUUCCUCGUCGAGACGGAGUGGUUCAGCUACAGCGACCGCGCCUUCCUCAACCGCACCGACGUCAGGAACGUCGGCAGCUGCAGCGCCGCGAGGCGAAACGCGACAGACUUCGCGUGCCGGAGCGCGGACAGCGAGUGCGUCGACUCCACCAACGGCGCGGGGUACCGGUGCAAAUGCUCCAAAGGCUACGAAGGCAACCCCUACCUCGACGGUGGAUGCACAGACAUCGACGAAUGCCAACUCAAGGACGAACACCCGUGCUACGGACUCUGCAUGAACAUGCCGGGGAGACAUGUAUGCAUAUGCCCUCCGGGCACUAACGGAGAUGCUACCACCAAGAAUGGCUGCCGGCCGAAGGACAAGUUCACCGUAGCUCUGAAAGCCCUUACAGGAAGCGGCGUGGGACUAAUCUUGUUAGGAUCCAUGCUCUGCUGUCUCAGCCUAUGGCUGCAGAAGAGCAAGCUCAUCAGAACAAAGCAGAGGUUCUUCGAGCACAACGGAGGCGUCAUCCUGCAGCAGCAGAUGCGGUCCUACAGUAGAGCUGCCGGAGAUGCCACCGGCGGGUUCAAGAUAUUCUCUGCCGAAGAGCUCAAGAAGGCCACUAACAACUUCGCCACUGACCAGAUCCUCGGCCGCGGCGGCCACGGCAUCGUUUACAGAGGUGUCCUCGCGGACAGUUCGGUGGUGGCCAUCAAGAAGUCCAAGAUGAUGGAGGAGGCCGAGACCAAGGAGUUCGCGAGGGAGAUGCUCAUCCUCUCCCAGAUCAACCACCGGAACGUCGUCAAGCUGCUCGGCUGCUGCCUGGAGGUGGAGGUGCCAAUGUUGGUGUACGAGUACGUCUCAAACGGCACCCUCUACCAGUACAUCCAUGGAGGCAAGGGCCUUAACGCUGACACGGCCUUGGAUACCCGUCUUCGCAUCGCGGCAGAGUCCGCGGAGGCUCUGUCCUACAUGCACUCAUCUGCCUCGCCACCGAUCCUCCACGGUGACGUUAAGACGGCUAACAUCCUGCUCGAUGGAAGCCUCACUGCAAAAGUAACGGACUUUGGAGCGUCGAAGCUGGCUCCAAACGAUGAGGCCGAGAUCGCCACGCUAGUGCAGGGCACCUGCGGGUACCUGGACCCUGAAUACCUCAUGACUUGUCAGCUGACCGACAAGAGCGACGUGUACAGCUUUGGAGUCGUGCUGUUGGAGCUGUUGACCAGGAAGAAGGUUCUCUCCUUCGAGGGUCCGGAGCAGGAUAGGAGCCUUGUGUCACGCUUUGUGAUGGCCGUGAAGGCUGGCCAGCAUGACAAGCUUAUGGACGACAAGGUGAGGAAGGAUAUGGGAUCUGAGGCAUUGGAAGAGGUCACACACCUUGUGGUGAGGUGUGUCAGCAUGAACGGCGAGGAGCGGCCGGGGAUGAAGGAGGUCGCGGAGAGGCUGGAGGCUCUGAGGAGAUACCAGCGGCACCCACGGGGUCAGGCUGGAGGUGGUGAUUUGGGGGAGGAGGAAGAUCAGGAGAGGAGCUUGCUUGGCGGGAAGCAACAACGUGAUGUCAACUACAAGUUUAGGCCGCAUGAUGUGCUUGAUCUGGAGGAGGGCAGUACAUACACGUUUAGUUUGUAGGGUGAUUAGUGAUAUAUUGCACCACAACAUGAUGAUGUAUAAAGUUCUUUUUAAGGCGUUAUUGAAAAGGGGAAAUUCAUGGUCGAAAAUGAAAGAAGAGGAAAUUCAAUAUGCCGCUUAUGUGUGUUAGUGGUUUGGCCAUUUUGUAUAGCAAGUUUGCCACACGGUAAAAUUGCUUUAUUAGCAAAGUGGGUUAUGAAAUUGGAGGCAAGGUCGCAAGGCUUAAGUUUCUAUGAGUUGAAGA